GGACACUUCAUCAUUAGAGAAGGGAUAGUUAAAGCCUGUGAAGGAGAUAUAUCCCAGUGGCCCAGUAAAGUUCAUCAUGCCUUUUUUGCCGACAAAGUCACCACGCGACGAGCAAGUGGGUUUAGCCCAUACUGGCUACUACACGGUGUAGACCCUGUCCUGCCAUUCGACUUAGUGGAAGCAAAUUUUUUGGUAGAAGGAUUCAAGUCCGGAAUGGCAUCCGAAGAUCUCUUAGCCUUGCGAAUCAGGCAGUUAGAGAAGCGCCCUGAUGACAUCAGAGCUGCAGCAGAGACCUUAGCCAAGAAUCGAUGGAGCGCGAAGCUUCAAUUUGAAAAGCGGUUCAAGCAUAGGUUCCUGAAAAAGUCUACUUGGGAACCUGGAGACCUAGUUCUGGUCCGAGAUAUCGAAAGAGAGCACUCCUAUGAUCGGAAGCACACUCCCAGAUACAGAGGACCAUAUGAAAUUACAGGCCAAACCAAGCACGGAUCAUAUAUACUGAGCGAAUUGGAUGGU